AUGUUAAGCCCGAACCUAAACCCUAAUUACGGCCUCACACCCUUCUUCCCUCCCUAUUGCGCAGCUAUAUCACUGUAUCCACAAGCCUUUGACGCGAAUGAGAAGGUUCACAUGGUUUACGCCGCAUUGUCUUCUUCGGCCAACCGUGACUACUACCGAGUUCUCGGUGUUCCUGAAAAUGCCAGUCAGGACGAGAUAAAGAAGGCAUUUCACUUGCUUGCUAAGAAGUACCAUCCAGAUGCAAAUAAGAGCAAUCCAUCUGCCAAGAGGAAAUUUCAAGAUAUAAGAGAAGCAUAUGAGACAUUGAGAGAUUCUAAAAAGAGAGCACGGUAUGAUGAGAUGCAUACUCGUGGUUCAGAAAAUAUGGAAUAUGGUCAGGACAAUGCAGAAAGGUUUAGAAAUGCUUAUCGCUCUCAUUUUUCGGAUUCAUUUCAUAAAGUAUUCUCUGAGAUAUUUGAAGAAGCGAAAACUCAAUUCUCAUCAAAUAUAGAGGUGGAGUUGUCUCUUACUUUCUCAGAAGCAGCAAGAGGAUGCACCAAGCAUGUGUCAUUUGAUGCAUUAGUUCCCUGCGAUUAUUGCAAUGGGCAGGGUUAUCCUCUUGAUGCCAUGGCAAAAGUUUGUCCAACAUGCAGGGGCUUAGGUCGAGUUACAAUUCCCCCAUUUACAUCAACAUGCAUAACUUGUAAAGGAUCUGGCCGAAUAAUUAAGGAAAUUUGUAUUAAAUGUAGAGGAUCUGGAGUGGAUGAAGGAGUUAAAGACGUUAAAGUUACCAUACCAGCAGGUGUGGAUUCGGGAGAUACAAUCCAUGUGCCAGAAGGUGGGAAUGCUGCUGGAAGUGGAGGUCGACCUGGAAGUUUAUACAUUAAAAUAAAGGCAAUUUUCUUUACUGGUGACAUUAACUUGGUGGCUGAGGAUUCAAUCUUUACCAGAGAUGGGGCAGAUAUAUACGUUGAGUCUAAUAUUAGCUUUACACAGGCUAUUCUUGGUGGCAAAGUUGAGGUGCCUACUUUAUCUGGGAAGAUGCAAUUAAAAGCUUUACCAGCAGCUAUCUACUGGUUGAACUUACAGGUGGCAGCAAAUUCUUGA